AUGGCACUGGCCUCGGUUGGGCACUCGGCGCCGAAUGUUACCAACUGGCUGCGCAUGGCCAAACGAAGCGCUUAGACGCCCGAGGCGAAUUAGUUUUUGAUCGCAAAAACAAUUUUGAAUACGAAAAAGGGAUUUUGCAUCCAAAUGAAUUUAAAAAAUUUAAAUUUUGGCCUUUAAAAAAUAGUCGAAAAGUUUAAAAUCAAAUUUUAAAGCCCACAGGCUUUUUAACUAAACUACCACAAGAAGAUUACUCAUUUAAAAACAAAAACAUUAAAGUAAAGCCCUUAAAAGUUGAGAGAUUCUUGAAAUGCAAAAAAUCUGAAGUGUGAUUUCAGAAUCUCACGAUAGAAACUCUUGAAGUUCAGCGUGAUUCUUGAAGCUCUCAAUGUUGACUUCUGGCGCUUUGAAUGGCGACAUCUGAAGCCGCCAACUUUGAAGCUGACGAUGUAGUGACAAAAGUGGAGAUGACAACUCUUGAUCGGCAUUCCCGGAAAUUAAGGAUGAACGAAAGGAAAAGCUUCUGAAGGCUGGUUACAAGAGGAUUCAGCGUGUCUCGGUAAUUAUUUUGUCGUCGUAUUAGAAAAUAUAAUUGUGGAAGGAUAUUCUAAACGCUUUUCGUUUAACCUCAAUGUCAUCACAUCCUUUGCUUUUUAGGGUUUUGUUCUUUUGUAUUAUGUCAGUUUUAUAUUACACUCGAGUGGUUUUAUAAGGUUUAGUACUUGUGAUACUGGUUUGCUUAAUAAGUUUAUAGAAAGGCCGAGAGCGUCUAUCAAGUAUGCUACUUGAUACACGUAGCAUACUAGGAUGUAUAAAAUAUGUUUCUAACUAAUGUUAUUCCAAAUGAUGCUUUAUAUGCUUGUAAAACCUAUAUAUAUAAUAACUAAUGUUAAAGAGUUUUCAGGCUUGGAUACGGUAUGCGAUGAUCUUAAGGUUGCACCUCUUACUCCACUGCCUAGUCAUGUUUGUAUCUUCAGAAGGGUUGACGCCAUUACCGAACCAGCUAAAGUAUUUUGUGAAAUCUACAAAAUCUACCAUUUCACCACGAGUUCAUGGUGUUCCUAGUGCCAGUAAAUACAGUAUCAGUCACAAAAUAAAGGAAACCGAAGACAGAAUAGAAGCUUUUCCGAAGAAUACUGUAGCUGCUGUAGGUUUUGUUAGUUUUUACUUUAGAUUUUAUUCUAUUAAUCUACAUUUAUAUCAUUUUAUAUUGUAUUUCAUUUUAUCUAUAAAACAUUUUUUUUAAAUUUCCCAUGUCUUUGAUGUUUUUAUACCUAUCUUCUGUAACAUGUUAUUGUAGGUAUUGAACAAGAAAGAGUUGGAAGCCAUGCUUCUUGAUCCAGAGCUAAAGUACCUAAAGAAUAAGAUUCACGAUGGAAUAGAAGCCCAGAGAGAGUUGAGGGACAGACUAAAACGAUUAAAUCUUCAAUCCAGAAAUCGCGCUAUAAAAACCGAGGCCAAGAACGGUGACAGCUGGAAGAAACCUCUUUUGAAGCAACUUGGUGUUAGGAUUACUAAACAGAGUAUAAUAUCGUUUUAUAUUUUCAUUUCAAAAACUUUUGACCUUUUUUAACGGUUUAUUAUGAAUACCUGCAGCCUGCAGAUACUAUGAGAUACGCAGGCUGCACUGCAAAUUUACUUUUAGGGCGCAGCCUGAACUUUCUAAACGUUGAAUGAUUAGGAAAAAUAUUAUUACCAUAUUAUUGAUGUUAAAGUACAUUUUAUUUUAAAUUCUGCUUCAGGGAAACUGUUGAAGCGAAGAUCAGAAGGUAGACUGAAGAGUUUGAAGAUCUUCAAACCUCACAAGUUUGUCAAAAGUGGUCGUGCUGAGACCUCAAAUGUCUUCAACAAACGGUUUUAUGCUGACAAAACUGAAAAACAAGUUCAAGUAGCUCGUAAGUAAUAUUUUUCUAUUUAUUUUGUAGCAUUGACUUGUUAUAGUAAAAAAGUAAUUAAAAAUGGAAAUUUAUAAAACAUUUUGAUAGUUUAUGAUAGAGUAGAUAGUAGUUUAUAGUACAUCAGAUAGUAAAUUGUAAGUUAUUACGGUAAAUUUUCUAAAAACCUUACAUUUCUGUGUAUAUUUCAGCGUCAAAAGUUGUGGCAGAGCUGACACUUCAUAAAGCUCUGAAUAAAGUGUUUUCACCUGGCAAGAUUGUCACUGUUGAUGAUUUCGAUGACAUUAUUGUAAAAGAAGUAAGGUUUUCAAGUUUUAAAAUUAAUUUUUGUGUUAAAAAUUAAAUUUUCAAAGUUGAAAAGGGUAUCUAAACUACAGUACUCUUUCUUAAAAUAGCUUCCAACACUUUGCUUUGCUACUUUUGUAAUAAAACUACCUUUUACAAUCACAAAGGAUAAGGUUCACACUGAUAAUUUCAGAAAAAGCGUCAUGAAAGUCCUAAAUAUAACACGACUUUGAAGAAGAUCGACCACGAGAAUCGACCGGCCUUUUGUCGGCGAUGCUACAAGUUCUUCUCGACCAUAACCGACACGGACAUAGCCAAAGUGUACCAGUACUGUUGUACAGUAGGUAACCACAAGAGCCGGUUGUUCGAGAGUGCUAAGUCGAGAACGCUAUAA